CGGAUAGAGUUAGGCCUUGUUAGGAGUUAGGAAGAGGAAGUUAGGCCUUGUUAGGAGUUAGGAAGAGGAAGUUAGGCCUUAUUAGGAGUGGUUUGUGUAUAGUCAGAGUCGGAUGAAGUGAAAUCCCCCUACCCGGCCUCAAAAUUGUGAAAUGCAAAUCGUAGACAGCGUCCAUUGUACCUGGACAUCUCAUUCUCAAAUGCUUCGCCUUUUUCCUUUUUUUAAGAUUCCAACUCCCCUCCAUUACAGAUUUGCUGCUGCUGCUUCUGCUUCUGCUUCUGCUUCUGCUUCUGCUUCUGCAAUUCAUUCAUCUACAAUGUCGACUGAUAUCGCUCAACCCCCACUUCAGGUUGCAAAGCGCUUAGAGAAGUUUAAAACCACCAUUUUCACUCAGAUGAGCCAGCUAGCUAUUAAACAUGGAGCAAUUAACCUUGGCCAAGGAUUUCCCAAUUUUGAUGGACCUGAGUUUGUCAAAGCAGCUGCUAUUCAAGCCAUUAAUGAUGGUAAAAACCAGUAUGCUCGUGGCUAUGGAGUUCCUGACCUCAACUUUGCUGUGGCUGAGAGGUUUAAGAAAGACUCGGGACUUGCAGUUGAUCCUGAAAAGGAAGUCACUGUCACCUCAGGUUGCACAGAAGCCAUUGCUGCAACCAUGUUGGGUUUGAUAAAUCCUGGCGACGAGGUCAUCCUCUUUGCCCCAUUCUAUGAUUCCUAUGAGGCUACUCUCUCUAUGGCUGGUGCCAAAGUAAAAGGCAUCACCUUGCGACCACCAGAGUUUGCACUGCCUCUUGAUGAGCUCAAGUCUGCAAUUUCAAAGAACACCCAAGCAAUCCUCUUGAACACUCCUCAUAACCCAACCGGAAAGAUGUUCACUCGGGAGGAACUUGAUGUCAUUGCAUCUCUGUGCAUUGAAAAUGACGUCUUGGUAUUUUCUGAUGAGGUUUAUGACAAAUUAUCGUUUGAAAUGGAUCACAUCUCCAUAGCAUCUCUUCCUGGCAUGUAUGAGCGCACUGUGACAAUGAAUUCUCUUGGAAAGACGUUCUCUCUAACAGGGUGGAAGAUUGGAUGGGCCAUAGCACCUCCACAUUUGACAUGGGGAGUGAGGCAAGCACACUCAUACCUCACAUUUGCUACUUCGACCCCAAUGCAGUAUGCAGCAGCUACUGCUUUGAGAGCACCGGAAUCUUAUUUUGAGGAGUUGAAGAAGGAUUAUAAGGUCAAAAAGGGGAUUUUGGUGGAAGGACUACAGGAAGCUGGUUUUAAGGUAUUUCCAUCAAGUGGGACCUACUUUGUGAUAGUAGAUCACACCCCUUUUGGUCAGAAAGAUGAUGUUGCGUUCUGUGAGUAUCUGAUCAAGGAAGUCGGGGUGGUGGCGAUCCCAACAAGUGUAUUCUAUCUGAACCCUGAGGAGGGCAAGAACCUUGUCAGAUUUACCUUCUGCAAAGAUGAAGACACCUUAAGGGCUGCUGUUCAGCGAAUGAAGGAAAAGCUUAAAAGGUGAGGACUCUUGAGCACACUUUGGAAAGUGGUGGUUUAAUAAUGUGCCCAACUUGUAUUUGGUUUAAUUGUGUCAUUACUUUUGAAUAGUAUAAAACGCCUCCAUUAAUUAUUCGUAGAAACAGACCUUCUGCUGGAAAAGAAGGCCCGUGAGUAACCUGAUUCUAGAUUUUAUACCCUCUUAAGUUACUAAUAAAGCAUACUCUCGAUGUACAGAAUUAAUACAUGCAAACUGUUAAUUUCCAGCUUGAGGAGAGUUUUAGAUUUCUGAAAAAUAAUUCAAUAGCAAGUAUUCUAGUGGAUGAACCGAUCAAUUUAUGAUCCUAUAUCCUCUAUUUACUAUUUGUGCCUUGUUGGUCUGUGGAACAUUUGGAAUGUCUAGAGAAUAUAAAGCAUGUGGGUGAAUGCCUGAAUGGCCAUGAUUCUAUCUGUAUGUUGCAUAUAAUCACUUGUUAACUUGUGUAAAAACCUUGGCUUCUUGCAACUUCCUGUUUAUAGUACUCCACGCUGAAAGUGUGAAGAUCUGGGUAGGUAACCCACUGCUUAGAAGA